AUGUUGCUGAAGGUUUUUGCCGCGCUGCUGCUUUUUUCAGGUACAAUGAAAACAUAAUAAAAAAUUCGAUUUUAAGAUCAGCUUAAAACAAUGUGAAAAGUAAAAAAUACAACAUUAAACCAACGGUGCUAUCAGAUAGGAGGAAGAAGUCUUUUAGGAACAGUAUCAGCUCUGACGGAUUGUGAACAAUGUGAACUGGCUGUUGAUCUUCUACAUGAAGCUUGGGGAGAUAAAACUACUUCAGAUUGUGUUGGUUAGUGAGAAAACAAUUUUUAAAAAAGUGAAUAUAAAAAAUUGAUGCCACAAAUUUUUCAGGUGAUUUGGUAACUUUUAUCUGCGAAACCUUCCGCAUUGAAAACGAUUUCGUAUGUAAAUACAUCAUUUCUGAUUUCAAGGUUGCUUUUAGUUUAUAACUCUGAGUAACAAAGUGUAUUCCAGGAUGAGUUUGUAUAUGUUAUACAGCAGAUCAUCGUCGUUCCACAUGAAAUUUGUGGCCUUCUGAUGCACAACAGUUAGUUUUUUUUUGUGAAUUCAAACCAGUAAUGAGAAAAAAAGCUUGUGGAAACUUCUCGAAUCCUCUUUUGGACAACUGGAAUUUGCCGUUGCCGCCAAACCAACCGGUAUUCGUACCUCAGCAGCCAGUGAAGGUGAAAAAUUUUUUGAUAUUAAAAAAACCUUGAAGAUAAUAUCAUAAACUUUCAUUAGUGCAAGCCCCGAAAUUUCAGCCUGGAAAUCCUACGAAACGAGUGCUUCACCUUACGGAUCUUCACUUGGAUAUGCACUACACUCCUGGUUUUGAAGUGGACUGUGGGUCUCCACAGUGCUGUCGUCCUCAAGACCUCCCUGACGUGAGAGGAAUUCAAAAUGAAUAACUCAAAAAAAAAAAUCCAACAAAAUAUUUCAAUGCUCAUUGCUGCACUGAAAAGAAGGAGGGAAAAAAUCAAGCGAAAAUUUUUAAUUUGAUACUUUUCCACUUCUGUUGAGUUCUGUGUAUCAGCAUGCUCUCAUCAGAAUCAUCGCAACAAUUGUUUUGAAUUUCGGGACAAUUUUUUUUGUUUUUUUUUCAUCAUUAUUCAAAUGACAUAAAAUAGAAACUCGGCGAUAACUCAAAAAAAGCUUCGUAAUGGUCAGCAUUUUUAACAAAAAAAUGAUUCUGAAGCAGUUUUUUUGUUGUGGAUUCAAGCCUCUUUCAAAAAAACUUCGAAAAAAAAUUUGAGAAUAAAAAAACGUCAAAAAAACUAUUUCAAUUUAAGUUAAUGUUGAACAAAUAUGGAACAGCAAAAAAAAAUUUUUAAAAAAAGUAAAAAAAUUGAUUCAGGUUUUUUUAUAAUUUUUUUCAUGAAAUUUCUUGCAUAAAAGUAUUUGAAAAAAAUAUGAAAAUAAGAACCAACCAGUUUUUGAGUCGUUAAAGGACGCCGGCGGUAAAACACCUGCCAGAGCAGUUUGACCUGUAAAAAAUGCAUUUCGAACAUUGAAAGUGUUUCAAACGUUAAAAAAACUCGAAAAACGACAAAAUGCAAACAAAAAAAGUAAACAAUGCAAAUAAUAGGAUCGAAAAUAAAUACGAGGUUUACAUGCGCGCCAAUGAGAACGUUCAAUGGAAGGUUGUGAACAGUAUAUAAUGGCUGUUAGAAUUUUUUUUUAGUUUCCAAAAUUAAUAUUGGAUUGACAAGGGCUGUUGAAAAGUAAAGGUCUGAAGUUUAAGGAUUUUGUUAACAGUUGUAAUUCAGCGUUAGGAUCAUUUUUGAAAACAAAAUACAGCUUUGGGGAGUGAGAAGAAAACUUUUUGGAAAAACACAGAAGUCGUUUCAAACCUAUUAUUAUUAUUGUGUACAUUUGCCUCCAAAAAAGCAAAUUUCGGAAAAUAAAAGAAGCUCUCAAGGAAGCCGAGGCCGUGAAGAAUCCAGCCGGUUACUGGGGGGCCGUCGGAAAUUGCGAUGCUCCUUAUUGGCUUUACAUCAACAUGUUGGACAAUAUUGUCGCCAAUAAUGGAAAGGUAAUGGAGAAAGGAAACAAAAAUCAAAUGGAAGUUUUUGAUUUCAGCUCGACUACAUAGUUGUUUCUGGCGACCUGAUGUCACAUGCCGAUUGGGAUUAUAACAACGUGACGCAUAUCGCAAAAAUUCACAACAUUUCGGAUGAACUAAGAUCGUUAGUUGGAUUUUUCUCUACGCUUGCAAUGAAUUUUUUAUGGGAUACAUUUUUUUUCUUUCUUAAGCUCAUUUUUAUAAACCAGUAUAAAAUCGAUAUUAAGGCGUCUUAUCUCAAGUGUUGUAAGACUAUCGUCGAAUAAACAAGUAAAAUAGGUUUCAUAAGGAAAAAAACAGCGGCUGUAUGCGCGGUUGAGAUUUUUUUCAGUCCCUUCUCAAACAUCAUAAAACCAAAGUGCUUAAUAUUGAUAAAAAUUUUGAAACUUUUAACAUAAAAAAAUAAUGAGAAAACUUUUUCGUGAAAGUUUGUAGGAUAUUGAUCAUCUUUUUAAUAACAAACUUUCAGAAGGUUUCCGGACACUCCCAUUUACUUCACUGUUGGCAAUCAUGAAGGCGUUCCAAUUGACAAGUUUGUACCUUAUAAGACAAAAAUGAAAAUGAAAUUUCUUUCCAGCAUCACUCCUCAUUUCACUCCGAAGAAGUAUCACAUGGAUUGGUUGUACGCUGCGAUGGCGGAUUCCUGGAAAGGCUGGGUGCCUGAAGACCAGGAUAAACUCGUUCGAUAGUUAGUUUUGAAAAGAUAAAAAAAAAAUAAAAAACAGAUAAAUUUUUAGCAACGGCUGCUACAUGGUAAAACUCUACCCGGGACUUCGAAUUGUUUCUCUGAACACGGUGAUGGGAGAUCGCGUCAAUUUGUGUGUUCCUCUUUUCUUUUCGAUAAAUAGCGUUCUCCGUUCAUGACAUUUUGUUCAAGACAUUCGAAAAAGUUAAAGUUAAGAAGUCAAGUUGAACGCCAUGAAAAUAGAAAACGGUAGAAGUGAGCCUAAAAAUGAAUCACAUUGGCUCUAAGUUAAAUCAUUUUGUUCAUCUGAUUCGAAAAAUUAUGAAGCACUUUUUUUAAUUCAAGUUUCUUCCAGCUGGCUGUACAUCAAUCAAACCGAUCCCGAUGGAACCAUGACUUGGUUCAUAAAUCAGCUCUACGAUGCGGAGAAGGCUGGAGAUCAUGUAGUUCUUAUUUUUGUGGCCAAUAAACCAACGUUUAAUAGGUUCACGUUGUCGCUCACAUACCUGGAGCCGAUGGAGAGUGUCUUCAAGGCUGGGGUCUCAUGUAUUACAAAGUUUUGAAUCGGUUAAUAGGAAUUCAGAAAUUCAAAUUCCAUUUCGAGUUACAGAUUUGCAAACACCAUCAAAGCUCAGUUCUUUGGACAUACCCACUCUGAAGAGUUUUACGUUUCUUAUGCGGAUCCAUACGAUCCGAAGAGUACUCCUACAAGGUUUAGCUGCAGUUAGCUUUGUUGAAAAAAUUUAUUAGAUUAGCCCAUUGAAAAUGAGCUUUUUCGUUAAAGUUUGAUCCACUAUAACUCAGAAAUAGCUAGAUGUACAAAGUAUUUUUUCCUGAAAAAAUAAUCAGCUACCAACCUCCUUGCGAAAAAUCAAUACCUUUUUUAGUUAUCAUGAAGAAAACAAAUAAUGAAUUGAUAAACCUGCUUUUUAAGAGACCGGUGGAUGAAUGUAAAAUGCAGAUAUAUUUUUAGUGUUGUAUAUUCUGCUCCCUCUCUCACUCCAUAUGCAGAGUUUUACCCAGCUUACCGCAUCUACACAGUCGACGGAGACUACACAGGAUCAACUCACGUAAAUUUAAUCAUUUUUUAUUUUUUGUCAGGAUAAUUAUUCUCAGCAAGUGAUCGAUUUCGAAGAAUGGUACUUCAACUUGACCACCAACAAUGCAAAUCCAUCAAAUCCGCAAUGGCAGAAACUUUACGCCAGCGCAAACCAGGAGUACGGUCAGUUUUGUUUACAAACCUGUGUCUAACUUCUAGACAGGCGGUUUUUGUUGAAAUAAAUCAAUGAUUAUGAAAAGUUCAGGCAUGCAAUCUCAAGCUGCAAGUGAAUGGGACAAUCUCAUCACGCGAAUGAUCACCGAUGAUGAUCUUUUCGAGAAAUACAGAGAGUGAGUUACGCAGACUUUGCGCAUCAAACACGGAGAUGUCAAUUAAAACGAGUAACUUCAAAAAUACAGUUUGCUUUUGAAUUUUUGCGAAAAGUUUGAAAAAGUAUAACAAAUGUUGAAACGAGGGUAUUAGAUGUGAAUCAAAUGAAUUCUCCAGGAAUCGACACUAAUUGUAACUGUUUCUUCAGCAAUUAUUACCGCCGCACUUCUUUCGAUGGACUGAAAAAAUGCGACGAAAAAUGCAAACGAGGAUUUCUGUGCGCAGCCCGUCAGCUUCACGACUCCAAAAAACUUUGUGCCGACUUGGGAGGUGAACUUGAUUUCAUUGUUUACGACAGUUUUGAUGAUUUUGUUCAGAUUUCGAAAAGUUAGUUCGCCCUUCAAAGCAACGUAACUUCCUUAACAAACCGCGUUUCCAAAGCAGGACAAAAGAUGAAAUCGCGAAAGCUUAUUACAAGUUCGCGGGUAACCAGAGAAACGACAAAUGUCCGAUAUGA